CAUUGGAAACACCUACACCAUUGCCGGUGAUUUGUUGAGAGAUCAUUGGUUUGUUUUUGUUGGUGUUUUCUGCUUUUGGUUUACAUUCCCAUUUGUUUAUUUUCAUGUUCGUGUUAAAAUUGCAUAGAUGCUUGCUACAUUACAAUUCUCUACCUUAAGACUCCACUGGAGAAAUUUGAAAUGGAGUAUAAAAAAAAUAUAGAUCUUUGCUGCUCAAAUCUGGCUAGUAGUAAAGUUGCAGAUAGGAAAAAGUACAGUGAAAAGUUGUCCACAAUUUUGGAUGACCAUGAUGUUAUAGAAACUCUCAAUGAUGGCAUAUUCAAGUGGGAAAACCUAGUGUAUGCUGUGCAAGAAUAUUUAAAAAAGGAAGCAGAGAAAAAUGCUGAGGAUAUUAAAAAGAAAGGAACUUCUGUCAUCCCACCUAGGCCAGAUAUUUUUUUAAAAGUAAUAAAAUUAGCUGUAGCACAAGGUAAUAUAAAUAUUUCACAUUUGGUUGGAUACUUCAUAGGGUGCUUAAAAGACAACAGAAUGAAAAGAUGUUAUGAGGAUACAUUUUUGCAUCUUACAGAGAACUGCAUUUUAAAUAAGGCUGAAUGUAGGGAAAAGUUGAAGCAAUAUGACUGGAUAGAAUUGUACAAGUGCUUAAAACUACUCCACAGAGAAAAAUCAAACAACAGUUUGGUUGACAACUGUUUGACUUUAACAAUAAAAUGGGGACCAAGCAAUGGAUUUCCUUUCAAAGUACUGAGAGAAGAAUUUGACUUUAUUACAGAAUUCUGCCAAAGAUGCAACACAAAUCUACAAAGACGCAUCAAGGAGAAUAUUGUUACUGUUGCGGUUGAGUUUACUAAAGCUAAUGCCAAAGACAGUAGGAUGGCUUGUUGCAAGUUUGGAGAGAAUAUAGUUGAACAUUUCAUAGAUAUCUAUGAUACUGCCGAAAAUGUUUUGAAGGUACUGCUCAUAGAGUUUUUCCUAUUGCAAACUGUGAUACAUCACCCUGAUGGUGCAUAUGAAAAUGAACCACGUUCAUAUGCGCAUAACUGGACUUCCUGGAACAAAUAUUUGAGGUGGAUUUAUACACUGUUGAACAAAGAAAUCCAUAAGUGCUUCAAAUCCCACUCUUUCAGUGGUUGCUUUUUCAUUGUUAAGGGACAGUACAACACCUUAGCGAAGGAUUUUUUAAUUCUUUUUGUCGACGUCAGCAGACAGGUAUUCCGCAAGCCUGACAUAGACGUAUCUAUGACAAUUGAUUGCAGCACAGCAGAACAAGGACCGCAAAAAAGACAAAAAUUAGACUUGGGAUUGAAGUCUUAUAUAAAUAAAGUUGAACUAACAAAAUCAUGGUUAUGGAUUCGAAUCACAUCACAGAUUUUACAAAAAUACCCAGAUUUAAUUGACAUUGGAGACUACAAAACAUUUUUGAGAAUAUUGUACACAGUUCAAAUUGAAUCCAACGAACCUAAUGUUCUGAAUAAUGUAUACAGUUGCUUUAGUACCAUGUUGAAUAUCAUCGAUGACGUGUCUAAAGAUGCGUUAGAAUCCCAGGAAAUUGCUGCACUUUGGAAUGACAUAGGUGUCGCUACAAUGAGAGCAUUUACGUUGAAUCAAGAACGAGACGUAACCGAAAAGUUACUAGAAGCUCUCAUUCUUAGGAAAAUUAUUUCUUUCGACAGUAUCCAAGAAACUUAUACUUCAGGGAUUUUUAGUUUGACUAGUCAAAGUAUAAGCACUAUUAACACUGGGCUACAAUCUGUUGUGUUAUAUCUGUCCAAGGAAACUCAAACAAAAAUGAUAAAAUGUAUCUUGAACGUAAACAAUUUCAAAAAUUGCAACUUUUUGCUAAAGCGAGAAACUGCCAGUGUGCUGAUAAACUUAACACAAAGACAAUGGCUCAGUGUAAAGACGCAAAAGGAACAAUCUGUGUCAGAUGCUUAUGCCGAGAUCAAACAGAUCUAUUAUAUGAAUGCUUUUGAGAAAGUUCUCAUUGAAACUAAUAACGAACUCGAAUAUAUGGAUCUCAAAUCUACGAAUAUUGAUACUGACAUUUAUUUCAUACUCAUUGACACGUUAAAGUCGCUUGUCAACAAUAUCCCAGACAAUAUAGAAGUUCAGCUCAGCAUGUGCGUUUUGAUAUUGAAUAUACUAAAUUGUUUAUUUGUGUAUGGCAUGAGGAUGCUGGAUCACGAAGCGCUACACACCAUGUUUAAAAAUGUGUUUAACAGUGUAAACAAAAACCAUUUUGACAUAGAAGGGAAACAGGAAGCUGAAAGAAGAAAAAUUCUGGGAUAUAUAAGAAUUCUUGACGAAUCGUAUUCUCAUGAAUUUCACCAGUCAUUGGUUAAGCUUGUAAGACAAACGGUACCCCAGGAGGUACUUAAAUUAUUAGUGAAAAGUUUGAACAUUCUUCAAGAUGAUAAAAAUAGAUCUGACCUAUCAUUCCAGUUGAAACAAGCUAUUAUAAAAAAUCUGUCAAAAUUUGCGUGUAUUGGUGACACCCCAACUGAGAGACAGCUCCAUGUCUUAGAAGUCUUAGCUCUUCCUAAUUACGAUUGCACCAUUGCAGAUGAUUAUUUUUUGCUUCUCACUUUUUUGAAAACAUUUAAACAAGCAACACCUGGAGCGUUACCAAGCAUCGUCUUCAGCAAUAUUUUGAAGCUAUUGCAAGAAGUUUGUGUCGCAAGAUACGAAUAUUCUGAGGAUGCUGCUAACGUUUUGAGUGUCUUACAUGAUCUCUAUCCGCAUUUAGCACUUUCGGAUGACGAGGAUGAUAAGCAUACAGGGGUGGCAUUGUUAAAACCAUUUUAUGAAAAUAUGGAGAAUUAUAACCCCAAAGUAUUAGUUACUUUGUUGAAUUGUUUGAAGCAAUUAUUCAAGGUGGAUCCUCAAUUUACCUUCUCCUUGUGGUCUGGAGUUGAAGUAAUCAACUUUGUCCCAGCGUUUCUGUGUAACGACUGUCAAGUGGUGAGGUUUGCAGCUAUAGAAACGCUGGUUACGUUUUUCAAAAUUAGAUGCGAGACUGGGCAACUUCGAAGUUUCCAUAGGCAAGAAGAAACGUUCAUCAUGGUUUAUGAAAUGAGUUUAAAAGUAGUCGGAAUGGCAUGUAGUUCUAGUGAAGAACAUAAAGAGGAUGAAAUGAUAUCUAGAAGAGCUAGUGUUCUGCAGACUUUUGCUAAUAUCAUCAUAUACUGUCCAGAAUGGAUUGAAGAAUGUAUAUAUGCGAUGUUGAAAAUUUCAGUAAUGAAAAAAUUAGGAUCCCUAUCACAAAUAUUUUGUAUAAUUAAUCAGAAUCUCAAAUUACCUCAAGACACUAACUUGAUGGAAAAAUAUCUCGAAAAUAUUCUGGAAAAAUGGGCGAGCGAAGACUUGGAUAUGAAUCAAUUCCAGUUUCACUUAUUUGGAUGCGAAACCAAGUCGCAUUUUUAUAAAAAAUAUUUUGAUAUUUGUGUACCUCUUUUCAUAACGUCUGAUAGGAAAGAUCUGAUAGAGGUAGCUAGACAGCUUAAAUUGAGCGAAAAUGACAUUGUACAGAGGACAUCAGCUAAGGUGUUUGUACGAAGUUUCACUGCAGAUGUCGACAAUUUAUCUGUGGAAGUAUUUCAGAAAAACAAGGUUUUGGCUUAUUACGCUCAUGUGGUAGGGCACGAGAACUUACUGCGUUGUUUAACCGAAGGGUUAGAUGAAAUCAUGUCAUUACUAAUGAAUCUCCUUACUGAUAACGAAUAUAUUCUCGAAUCCUUUGGAGCAUCUGUCAUAUUUCCGUUAAAAAAAUUAACGUUGAUUCAGAUGAAGCAAUGCAUCAAUUUCAUCGAGAUUUUGCUCUGUGAUAACCAGAAUAUCGUGAAAUUCUUCAAGAAAAAAUUGCAUAAACUUCAGAAAGUGUUAUUUGUUCUGAAGUCGAAUAUCUACGAAUCUCUUACGACAAGCGAAAAGAUCAAAUCGCUCCAUAGAUACGUGGUUUUUAUACGUUUAGUGAUUGAGAACAUAGAAGAAGAAGCACCAUGGGUACAUUACUUCAUAAGAGACACAGUGUAUGGUCUGAUCAAUAUGAUAUCAAAUUCAAACAAAGAUGCACAGUUUGGUUUGGUCUGUUGCAAAGCAUUUGAAGUAUUUUUGAAGGAUAUUAUACCUUCGCGAUUUGAGAUGUUUGAUGAAUAUCUUGUAUUUACCAUCAAUUCAUUGAAGGCCUUGGUUGUACAGCAACCGACUUUAAAAAGUAUUUGUUUGGAUCUUCUUGAUUUUUUGAUUGUGAAAAACUCUCAGAUUAUUCAUCGAGGCAUAGGAAAACUAGAGUUUCCACAGCAUCCCGACUACGAUAAAAUCGUGAGAGUUUAUAGAAGUUUGAACGGUAACACAGAACCAACAUUAGAAGAAGAAAUUAACAAUUAUUUGAAACAAGAUUAUUCAAGUACUCGCGAAGACAGCCUAGUGCAUCUGAAAAGCGUUUUGUCUUCGAAAAAGACAGACUUGAAGAAAUUAUAUGAAACCGUGCAAAGAUCCAGAGGAUUUUCAGAUGAUUGUGAAAGAAGUCUAAUACAUAGACUCGUUUGUAGUUUAGCGAAACUUUGCUGUUCACCUUGUGAACGAGAAAGUUUUGAAGCAGCUAGAUGUUUAGGCGAGCUUGGCCCAGCAGAUCUAGGAACGUUGAUCUUGAAACCAGAAAAGAACUUUUCUCAUCCAACUUUAAUAUCUUUGGAACUACUUGUUGCCCAGGUAUUACUAGUUUUGACAGAAUACAUUGUUGAUCCAGACAUUUUAGUUGUGAAGGCGGCUAGUGACGCUUUGUAUGAAAUCUUGAUCAGCAAAGAAAGUCGCAAGAUUAUUGAUGCCAGCAUUGAUUUGGGUACGGGAACAAUAAACAAAAAAUACAUACUGCCUUAUUUUCGCACACAACCGUCAACAACUAAACUAACGAUUGACUUGUCGUUGUUCAAAUCAAAAGUAGGGUCUGAUAGCCUUUGGUGCCCUUCAAAUGAUGUCCCUCACAAUGUCUGGAUUACAAAGUUACUAACAACGAUUUUGGAAACUGUUUCUGAUGGUUGCUUUUUGCAAAAAUUGGUCGAUGUUGCGAAAUUGAAGCCAAAGUUUUGCGAAAAAGCGUUACCUUAUCUUACAAAUUUCAUUCUCAGCCUGAAGGAGAGAGAUUUAUCAGACAUAUUAUCGCAAAAAAUUAAUUAUUUCUUCUCGUGUCACUGGGAUAGAACUGUCACGAACGAUUCCAAUAUUGAUUCUGUGAUAACUAACAAAAAAUCUGUGAAGUGCAUGCUAGAUGUGGUUGAAGUUAAUAGGCUACCAGAUAAUACUAAGUCAAGAAUAACUCCCUUGAAUAUAAACUUCUUGAAAGCUGCUAACGCGGCAGAAUUUUGCUCAGCUCACUUCACGGCUCUGUUAUAUUCUGACUUAUGGUGUCAAACAAAAAUUGAUGAGAUUUUGGAUAGAAAUAAUCCGUUAGCUGAGCAACGCUCUACGAUGUUAGAUACCAUUUAUGAAAAUGAAAGCGAAGAAAUAGGAGAGGCCUUACAAAAUAUACUGAGAAACGCUUAUAAAGCGGUAGGAGAUUUAGAUGCUUUAUCAGGUUGUGGGACAUACUUCUUGUUGAAACCGCAGACUCGGGUAGAGCAUUACAGGCAGUUCGAAAAUUGGGAACGUGUUGUACAAUUUUAUGCAAUCAAAUCGCCAAUGGACAGGGACGAUUUGAGGAAUCUCAUGGAAAGCUUCAAAUCAUGUCGUUUGUACCAAAUUCCUUUGUUGUGUAGUAAGGAGUAUGAGAAAGAAAUGGAACAGACACAGUACGAAUGCUUAUGGAGAUUAUCUGAGUGGGAUACAUGUGAUAAGAAUCCAUCAGAUGUCAUUAGCAGUGUUCGUUUCGAAGAAAGCAGAUACUUUGCUCUAAAAUCUCUUCAUGGUAACAACUACACGCUGUUCGACCAGUUCGAAAAACUUCAGGUACAGUCUGUGAUAGAAAACUUGAAGCAUAUUAGUUUCGAAAGCAGUCAUAAUUUGUACCCAGUCUUGAUGCAGUUGCAGUCAGUUGUUGAUGCAGAAGAUUAUGCUGAGUGUAGUAAAGUGAAGGACUUUGGAAAAUUGCUGACUAAGUGGCAGCUGCAAUUUGAUAUUUUGAAGAAUAACUAUCACUAUUUGGAGCCUGUUGUAGCACAAAGAGCGACAUUACUAAAGGAUUAUCUGAGAACUAAUGAAUCUCCUGUUUUGGAGCAGUAUCUUACAGAAAUGCUUUUUGAUUUAUCAAAUCUAUGCAAGGAUGAAAAGCAGUUUAAAGAUGGAUGGAAGGUUUUGGAAGAUUUGAAAAAAAUUGUGAAACAGAAUGAUAAAACUAAGAACGCAAUGAUUCAACUUCUUGAUGCUCAGCUCUCGUGGAUGACAGGAGAUGGAACUUUGGCAAAGCAUAUAUUGAAUAAACUGUCCAAAAAUGAAGAUAUUGGACCAAGGCUUCGGGCAUUGGCAUUAAAACAGCUUGGAGAAUACCUCAGCGAUACUAAUUCUGAAAAUACGCUAACGAUAAUCAAUGAUUAUUAUCGUAAGUCGAUCAGUCUGAUGACAUCUGCCGCAGAAAGAGACGAGGAUAGAUGCAAUAUCGAUACAUAUGAAAAAUGUGCUACAUUCAUGGACCAACAGUAUCAACAGGUUAAUAAUUAUAUGAAGACAGAGUUGUUCCAAAGAAAAGUUCUGCAUAUGCAGUCAUCGAAAAAGACGGCAUCCGAAAUUGAAAAACAAAGAAAGAAAACGAGAGAUGAGGCCAGGGCAGCGGCGAUACACAAUAGACAAAGCAAUAUUGACGAAGUUGAAAUAAGAAAUCUUAAGCAAGAAAGGUGUCAGUAUUUGAAGAUGGCAAUGGAAUUCUAUUUGAAGAGCUUAAAGAAUGGCGACAACAAAAUGCUCAUUUUCCGCGCAGUAUCUCUGCUACUAGAAAAUAGAAGCAAUCAAGAUAUUGUUGAUCUAACUAAGAAAUAUUUGGAAAUACCCAGUUACAAGUACAUCACAAUGUUACCCCAGCUCAUACCUCACAUCACAGAUGAUAGCGGUGAUAAUUUCAAUCACGUCGUGAACGCGAUUGUACUGAAAUGUGCUGAGGAACAUCAACAUCACACUAUUCCUAUAAUAUUAUCGCUGCUUAAUGCUCAUAAGGAUAAGGAAUAUAGCAGCGGACAAACGAAAACUAUUAGCAAUGACGGAAGAGUAGCUGCAGCGAAAAAUCUAAUCACAAAACUUAAUAAGAACAAAACCACUGCAAGAUACAUCGAAAAAUUGCAAAAUGUUUGUCUAGCAUUGAUCGAAUUGGCAUAUUACAUCCCUCCAAUGGCCAGUGACAAAAAGAAGGAGUAUGCUAUACCCAAGGGGUUGAAAAUAAUGAAAAUAAAAAAUUUCAAUGACAUUCCAUUACCAAUAUGUAGUUUGGAGGUAAACCCGAGCAAAAACUAUGAUCGAAUGAUAGGUAUAGCUUCGUUUGCGGACGUUUUCUAUCCAGUGGGCGGAAUCAAUGCUCCUAAGAGAACUUUUUGCAUCGGAACAGAUGGAAAGAAGCGCUCCAUGUUGGUCAAAGGACACGAUGACCUUAGACAAGACGCGGUUAUGCAACAGGUGUUUACGAUAAUGAACAACUUACUAUCAUCUGGCAAACAAACUAAAAAUUUAUUGAUACGAACGUACAAAAUUGUCCCAUUAUCUAUGAGAAGUGGCGUUUUGGAAUGGGUGGAUAACAGUAUGACUAUCGGAAGUUAUCUUGUGGGAGACGCUGAAAACAAAGACGUUGGAGCACAUGUGACUUAUCGGCCGCGUGACAGGAAACCUAAAUAUUGUAGGGACGCCCUUGCGGCAUGUGCUGGCAAAUCACCAGAACAAAAACUAGCCACCUACAAGAAGAUCUGUCACGAAUUCAAGCCGGUGUUCCACAAAUUUUUCGAGUCUACCUUUCCGCAUCCUUCGAUAUGGUACGAACGAAGGCGGGCGUAUGUUCGCAGCGUUGCAACUGCUAGCAUGUGCGGUUACGUUUUAGGUAUCGGAGAUAGACAUGUUCAGAACAUUCUGAUUGAUAAAACCACUGCGGAGGUUAUUCACAUCGAUUUUGGUAUUGCGUUUGAACAAGGAAAGAUACUGCCAACCCCAGAGACAGUUCCUUUUAGAUUGACACGAGAUAUUGUUGAUGGCAUGGGGGUCUCGGGAGUUGAAGGUGACUUCAGGAGGUCAUGCGAAAAAACGAUGGAGGUACUAAGACAACACUACCAAACUAUAAUAUCGAUAUUGGAAGUACUUUUGUAUGAUCCAUUAUACGCUUGGACUGUCACUUCUGCUGAAGCUAAUAAACGUCAAACUGAUGAGAGCAAUUCUAGCAGAAAUAGUUCCCCUAAUUCUACAGAAGAAGAAAAUCACAUUAACAUAACUGCUGAUCGAGCUUUACUAAGGAUUCGAGAGAAACUACAAGGUACAGAGUUAGGCCAUCCUACAACCAUUGAACACCAAGUUGGGACAUUGAUUCAGCAGGCUACAGACCCUGCUAAUUUGUGCAAAUUGUUUGUUGGUUGGCAGCCAUAUUUAUAAAGUGAAAUAGUUCGCUUAUAUGUAAGUCCAGUAUUUGUUUAUGUUUUUAAGUUUUUUGUUACCUGUUCGUUCAUAUAUCUGUGAGAUAUUCACGGUAAGGAAAACUCGAAUGCGAGUUUCUUUGGCGUUUUUGAUAUGUUACCUAUGGCCACUUUAACAAAAGUGAGCUUCUCCGUGACUAAUAUCUUAGAAAUUAUUUUUUCAGAAAAAAAAAGUAAUAAAGCCAUGUUAUAAGUACAAUG